GGCCGUAUUUGCCACACUUUACACUCGAGGUUUCUCGGAAGGUUGGACCACCAAAGGGAUAGCCAAAGAUGUUCUCUCCCUCUCUCAAACCGUCGCUUCGCAUGCAGGCAAGUAGAGCAUGACACUGCAUGUGAGGUCCCCUGCUCCCUCAUGGCUCUGAAAGGCUGGCUCCAAUUGACGAAUCGGUUGCUCGGCAUGGGCGUGCUUUUGUUCUGGCGUCUUUUAACAUUUAUGGCCUUUCCGCCUUCUUCCAUUCCCCGCGAAAAUGUGGUCGCCCGCGUUGCCGAACGUACCCGCGAUACUGGUUCCACGGUUCAAUGUCAAGCUUUGAAGUUCAAAGCGCUGUCGUGUUCCUGGCAGCGAGUUAAAUUUUCAAACGAAAGCAACUCACCCUGGUCUGCCCAGUCCUGAUAAUUAACUAUACGUCCCAGCUAGCGGCACAGUGAUGCUCUGUCCGCUUCUCUCCCGCCUACUGCAUCU